UUCCCCGUCCUUGCCUCAACAUAUCGCCCGACGAGUUUUUCAAUUGUUCAUAGUCAGCAAUCCCUUUUCCGAUUCUUUGAAAAUACAUUUGCUUGCUUGCAUUCUGCAUUUUUGCGUGCUGUCACAGCGGACCACUUUCUUCGUUGCCUAGAACAUUGUUCCGUUUGCAGCAUUCCAACCCAUACAUUCUCAAACCUUCGCAAGCGGGUUUCUACUCCACCAACACCGAUCUAUUUCAAUCCCGAGUCCAUGAGUAUGGACUUUUCCCUCGAGGACACUCAGAACGCCGCCCCAGGUCUAACCAGCAUGGCUGAGCAACACAAGCUCUCGGUCGCCCCUAGGAAGGCCGACACUCAGAGCGUAACAAAGAGGCUUCAAUCGGAAUUAAUGACACUAAUGAUGUCUCCGACCCCUGGCAUUUCUGCGUUUCCCGAUGCAGAUGGCAACCUUCUACACUGGACUGCCACGAUCAUCGGACCCAAAGAUACCCCGUAUUCAGACCUGAACCUCAAACUCGGCUUCGAAUUCCCUGGAAACUAUCCCUAUGCUCCUCCUACAGUCUUGUUCAAGACGCCGAUCUACCACCCCAAUAUCGACUUCAGCGGAAGAAUAUGCCUUGAUAUCUUGAAAGACAAGUGGAGCGCAGUUUACAAUGUGCAAACGGUGCUACUGAGCUUGCAAAGUCUGCUUGGUGAACCAAACAAUGCCAGUCCUCUCAACAAUGAGGCCGCCCAACUUCACCAAAAAGACCCCGAAGAAUACCAGCGGAAGGUUUUGGCCCGUCACCAGGACAUUGAUGAUUGAAUGAUACCCUUGGAGUUUCCUGGUUGGAUACGGCAUCAAUGACCAUACCUGCAUUGGCCGAGAGCGAUGGCGUUGGUAGAUGAGGCAUUAUUGGCCGGUGUUUUACCUGGGGCCGAAAGAGAACAUAAACCGUCCUCGAGACAAGGAGGAGACCGAGUCAGACAGUAUCGCAUUACCUGGCGUAUCGCCUACCGAAAGAAACGUACACAUGGCAUCAUUUCUCUACCUUUGCGCUUUAUAUCCCAGCUAUUACAUCCUCCCAACAGCUAAGCCCAUGAUUUCAUUGCAGCUG